CCCACUUUUCUACUCUCGCCUUUCUUUUUCCUGGUUGCAAUUCGUGGACAUUAUUACCUUGUUCAUUAUUGGAUGUGUCUAAAGCUCCCACAGGAAUAAUGAUUGGCUAAGAGUGACAGUUGUUUUUGCGUUUUUUUAAUUUAUUUUUGUGUCACUAUUAUGAGGAGGUAUAAACUGCAUGCGUGUGAAAUUGUCAAUGCUGAGGUCGUUAGUUUAGUACACGCAGAUAAAUACUGUAGUUUAUAAGGAUAGCUACCGAAGAAUAGGAACGAAACAAAGAACAUAACAUCAUCUACAAUUGUUGUAUAGCGGAUACCAAGGAGAGCUUACAGAAUACUUAUUCGCUGUUAUUAUUUACUUUAUUUUUUUUAUAUUGACAAUUUAAUAAUUAUCUAAAGUUUGAGUUUAAUUUGAAUACACGCUAGUGUUGAUGUUGAUUAAAAAUAAAAACGCUGUAUGAAUAAAAACAAAAGACAUUUCGUAGAGAUUAAUUUGAAUUCGUUACUUCUGUGCUUAAAUCUGAUAGGUAUUUCAGUAUACAUUGUUAAGAAAAUUCAGGAGUACAGCACCGGUAACUUAAUUUCAAUCAGGUUUCUGCAAAAUAUGCAAUCUGCUGGUGCUGCUGGACAACUCACUUUUAGCACCAGUGAUGGGAGCCUUGUUAAUUCAGUUAGAAAUGCUUGCAGAAACAGGUUAAAUUUAGAACUGAAUGCAGAGGACCCAGAUUCCAUUGUGUCUCUGGUGGGUGAUUCUCGGCGAUGUGAAAGAGUGGAUCCAGGUCAUUUGAAGGCCUCCGGUCCAAGGGCUGGCAAUGCUGACGGUUCCUGUGUGGAAGAUGACUCAGAAGACGAGCCGCACAAGGAUGGGCGAACCGAGGAGGUGGACAGGGAUACGAAACUUAGGGCAUACGCCUGGUGUAAAGGAUUCCUGUCUGGAUCAUGGAAACUCGUUUCUGAAGAUGAUUUUCAAAUUGGUAUUAUCAGUGGUGGAUUAAGUAACCUGCUAUACCUGUGCUCUCUACCAGACCACGUGCUCAGUGUUGGAGAGGAGCCUCGUGAGGUUCUGCUGAGAGUUUAUGGAGCUAUUUUACAGGGGGUCGAUUCCCUUGUUCAGGAGAGUGUGAUGUUUGCAAUCCUAGCAGAACGGGCGCUGGGACCGAGGCUCUAUGGGAUCUUCCCUGAGGGGCGGCUGGAGCAGUACAUUCCGAGUAGUCGGUUAUUGACAGAGCAGCUACGAGUUCCUGAUCUCUCCGCGGAGAUUGCUGUGAAGGUGUCCCGAUUCCAUGGGAUGGUCAUGCCCUUCAACAAGGAGCCCAAGUGGCUGUUUGGGACCAUGGAGAGGUAUAUGAAACAGAUUUUGACAUUGAAAUUUACCAAAGAAGCCCAUUUGAAAAAGUUCAACAAACUGAUGAAGUACAACCUGCCUGCAGAGAUGGAGAGCCUGAGAGCUCUUCUUGAGUCAACUUCUUCUCCAGUGGUUUUCUGUCAUAAUGAUGUGCAAGAAGGUAACAUCCUUAUGCUGGCUGAUCAAGAUCCUUCUUCCAAAGAAAAACUUAUGCUCAUAGACUUUGAAUACAGCAGCUAUAAUUACAGGGGUUUUGAUAUUGGCAACCAUUUCUGUGAGUGGAUUUACGAUUAUACCUACAACCAGUGGCCCUUUUUCAAAGCUACUCUGGAGAACUACCCAAGCAGAGAGCAACAGUUGCAUUUCCUUCGCCACUAUUUGUCUGAAUUUUCUGGGAUUAAGGGAGAUGUAGAACAUGACGAUCGAGCAAAGAUUGAAGAAGAAAUGAUUAUUGAAACUAACAGAUUUGCAUUGGCAUCCCACUUCUUGUGGGGUUUAUGGUCCAUUAUACAAGCUAAAUUGUCUACAAUAGAGUUUGGAUACAUGGAUUAUGCCCACUCUCGAUUUGACGCCUACUUCAAACAGAAAAAACUGUUUGCAUAGCAGUUGUAUUUAUAUCUAGGGGACCCUUCAAAAAAGACAGGAAUCUGAAUUUCAAUUUCUAAAGGUAGCCCCCAUUCCACUGGAUUUAUACUCCAGUUCUGUGAAUGUAUAAUCAUCAGUCAGGCUUUUCCAUUUUUUAUUUUUAUUUUUUUGCUUCACUGGUGAGUAAAUAUGAGACGUGCAUGUUGAGCUUGUGCACAGCCUGGCUCUAGAUCUAACAAUAGAGUGAAACAUGGAAUAAAAAAAAAGCACAUUGCUUAAAACAAUGUACUAUAAAACACAGUGGAAAACAAAGUCUUUUAAAAAAAACUCGCCCACUUAGUAAUAUAGGAGCCAAGCAAAUUAAUUUUUAGGCAACAUCCAUUCAUAUUUUUUGUAACUGUUAAGUGACUUUUUGUUUGUGUCCUUGUUUAUAUAUCAAGAUAAAAAUACUGUAAAAAAACAAAACAAAAACAGCACCCUUGAUAUACUGCAAGCGUAACAACCCUUUUAUUUGUGCCAUCAGUUAUUAUCAGCAGGUUGUGCGAUGGAUGUCCAUUUAAUUUAUAACUUAAACGGCUGCUAUUGAGUUUCUUGAAAAUCCUUAAAAAAGAGGCUGUCGGUAUAUUUUAUUUAUUGUUUGUGUCAAUUUAACCAUCAGUGCACACUUGCUGACACAUAGUCCAUACAUAAUUCUUUUUUGUUGAGUUGUCUGUUGCAUUCCCAUAUUGCAUUGAGACUGUUCACAAAUAGGGGACCAAGCAUUGUAAAAGUUAUAUCAAUCAUUAUGGGUCCUCUUCACUGCCCUUGAUAAACACAUUACCUGUAUUUGUGUGUGUGCUGCCUGCCUAAUGAUUCACUGGAAUAGUAAAAUAACCCUGUACAUUACUAGUGCAAAGUUUU